UUGAGGGAAAGUGAAAGUGAAACAGGCUUCGUGUACAGCACACUGACCUCAGAUGCGCCCUGUGUCAGUCCUGUGUCGCCUCUGUAGACAGGUGGUGCUCCUGAUGGCCUGGCUUGGAUACAGCCGCCUGGCCCCUCUGGUCGACUGGUUAUGGCGCAGACUCUGCCUCUUCUGGCGCGGUAUUUCUGCCAGGCUUCGUCCGAUAGUCGGGCCUGCGUUUGCAGGGAUCGGCUGGCGAAAGGAUCCAGGAAGACGCCGGCAUGAGCCUGAAGGGAGCGGCGAGGGCAAACCCUGUGGAGUGGAGGUCGUGGGGUCUGACGGUGAGGGUCAACAUGAGGAGAGGGCCGCACUGCCUUGUGAUGAAGGUGGUGACGAGUUUGAAGGUGGGGGGUGUCGAGUUGAGCCAAGGUGUGAGGAAGAAGAAGAAGAAGAAGAAGAAGGAGGAGGAGGUGAUGAUGAUAAUGAUGAUGAGUUAGACAGCGAGGUGUAUCGAGUGGAGACUUCAGAUGAGUUGUACUGUGGCUAUGACUCCACGUGGGAGACGGAGGAGAGGCAGGGGGGGCCGGUGAAGCGCACGUGGAGACCCGCAGCGUCCAGACGUCACUACAAGUUCAGCAGAUUUGAAAAUGCAGCAAGAGACAUGCACAACUACAGGCAUGACUACCCUAACCAGCUCCGGCUGCAACACUGGAACAGGCCAGCAUCUGAUGACAAGCCUAAUUUGAUGUUCUACCUCGGACUGAGGCCCUCUCAACCCGACGGUGUCUACAUCCACAAUUUCCACAAUAUGUGGUCUGGUGAGUAUGACGCACUGGAGUAUGUGCACACCUAUAUUCAAUGGUUGUUCCCGCUGCAAGAACCGGGGGUGAACAAUGAGGCCAGUCCACUGACAAAAGAAGAAAUCAAGGGUUUCCUUGAGAACAGCACUGCAAAGGAAAAUCUGCUGAAGUCCUACAAGCUCAUGUUGGACUUCUAUGGUAUCGAGUUGUGUGACGAGAAAACAGGGGAAGUCCAGAGAGCGUCAAACUGGAGAGACAGAUUCAACAACCUUAACACUCACACUCAUAACAACCUGCGCAUCACCCGCAUCCUGAAGUGCCAGGGAACCCUGGGGUACCCUCAGUACCAGGCCCCGCUGGUCCGCUUCUUCCUGGAGGAGACUCUCGUCCACGGAGAACUCCCAAAUGUCAAGGACAGCGUUCUCAACUACUUUGUGUUUGCUGUCCUUGAUAAGAGGCAGCGCAGGCGUCUCAUCAAGUUUGCCUAUUUGAACUAUGACCGUAAAGAUGAGUUUGUGUGGUGCCCAAAGAAAAUUCAGAGGAUGUGGUCUGGGCUGCCUGAUGAUGCCUGAUGCUGCCAAUUACACUUCACAAAUAGACAUCGAAGUAUUGUUCCCUAAAAUGUGUUCCAGAUCUUUUGGGGUUGAUUCACUACCAACAACAAUUUCUUUUUUUACCGCCAUGUGUAGCUCCUACAGUUCCCCGGCUGCGGAGGAAUAGUGUGCACCGCCACCACACUCAAAAUCAACCAUAUUUAGUAUGCAUACUGUCUGAUUUGAAUAUACUUUAUGUUGUUACUUUUCUAUUCUGAAUACAUACUAAAAGCUGCUCAGAAUCAGUUUGUAGCAGGGAAGUGAGACACGCCGUGUGCCUUAUAUCUGGCUACAAUGUUGCUUCCUCGACCCUGAAAUCCUGCUGUGUGAUGACUGCCGCCAUAGAGCAGAGAGAACUGUUACAAUAGAUUUGCCUUCAGCAGCAGUUGGUGGAGGAGGUGAUCACAAAGCGUAAACUGCUAUAAAGAGCUCGGGUGAUUCUGGCAAAUUAAUGCAGAUAUCAAGAACUGAAGAGAAGAGGCUCACAAGACAGAGAGGAUGGGGCGGUGAUGAAGAGGCAGAUACACUCCACAUACUGCACAUGAUCUUUGUCAGAGUUUACGUCCUGUUGCUUUAUACUUAAAUGCCUCACAUGAUCAUAGAUUUCUCACACUUGCAUUCAUUCCUAUUAAAGUAAGAGUGUUAUGCAUAUUAAUCAGAUUAGAUUCACAGAGCAUUUUUGUAUAUAUUAUUAAUGUCAGUGCCCCCCCCAUACACUACACUGGUAGUGUCACAUUUAAGGCUUGAUCAUCACUGAAAAGAAGAGGGUACAUUCAGUUUUGUGUUUGGCAGUUGUGUUGCAGGCAAACUACAGAAAAGAGACCUAAUGAUUGAAUGAUGAAAGGAGGAAGGAAGUACUGUUUUAUUCUGAAUUGUGUAGUAAUCCUCAUGAUUGUGCAUUAUGAAAGGUUUUUAAUGCAGGUUUUGAUUCUUGAAAAUUAAAAAGAAUUUAUUUGGUUUC